GUCGUAUAAUUGAAGCCCCCCAUCCACUCGUUCAAGUAAUUGUCGGUGUACUUGAAUGUCUGUAUGUUUACCAAUGAUAUCCUCGCCCUAAUCUUUGUGAAUCUACGCUCAGUCUCGCCCCUUAUCCUUUUAAUAUUUCCUCAUGGAUUAGAAGUAGUGGUAUUGGAAACUAUCCCUAAGUCUGAUAGAUAUCCCACUUGAAGUUCUCAAGAGUCAUCCUUCCACUAAUUAACCCCCGCCGUAUGCCAUAAAACUCGUCAGAAUGGCAUCCGAAUCAGACAUAGCCACGGCCGCAAAGACGGCUUGCAGACUUUUAGACUCCGCCUUUCCCAGGCGCGUGACAUUUCCAUCCCAUACUCGAUACCAGUCUCAGAAAUGUCAACCAUGGUGUCAGAAUUGCUGGCUUCCUGCGGCUUGCUUUGUCCGACCUCAGAACAGCAAAGACGUUGCGGAAGUCAUCAAAAUUGUGAAGAACGCCGAUGCUAAGUUUGCGAUCCGUUCCGGUGGCCACAAUUCAACCCUAGUUUCAGCAGCAUAGAUAAUGGAGUACGGUGGCAUAUUAGUGCGCAACCGACAAAACAAAAAAGCGGAUGAAAAUUCGUCCGACUUGGCACUCGCACUAUAAUUACAGCACCUACAUACGCUAAAGCUCCCUAUAAAUACAGGGCAUUACAGUGGUGCAUUCGCUAGAAUUAUAGUGCUUGAAAAAAGUCUCCGAGGUUAUUAAAGGAUUCAAUUGUCAAUCCAAUUUUCAAUUGCCUUAUACAUUACACAUUCAGAUAACUUUACAAAAACAACAAUUCAGA